AUGCGGACACGUAUGUGCUUCGAUGAUGUCGCAUGGGAAGAGAGUGAUGCGAUUGCGGAUGCUUGGGUGGCAGAGCUAUUCAAGACUGAUACUCUGAGACAAAUCGGUGACUUCAUCGUUAAGCAUCGAAAAGGCGUCCCUACAGAGUUAUGUGACCCCAAAGCAGGAGCGUUUAAUGUCUCUUUUCGGAUGAAAUUCGAAGACGGCGGCUCAGCAAUUAUCCGCUUUCCAAAGCCUGGCGCCAGUAUGUUCCCUGAAGAGAAAAUUCGGAAUGAGGUUUCUGUGAUCAGGUAUCUUCAGGAUCAUACAUCGAUCCCGGUCCCAUUCAUUCUACACUGGGGAACAAAGGAAGAAAGUCCUCUCGGUUUGGGCCCAUUUAUUAUCAUGGAGUACAUUGACCAUGCCAUGGAUUUGGGUGCAGCACUGAGUACGCCCGGGCUCAAGAUUGAAGACCGUCCACUCCUUGAUCCACGUAUCGAUAGCGAUAAGCUUGAAAUGCUGUACGGACAGCUUGCGGAUAUCUUGCUACAGCUAUCUAGGUUAUCAUUUCCUCGGAUAGGUUCUCUUACCCAGGUGGAUGACUUCACAUGGGAAGUAACAGGCCGGCCUCUAUCAAUCAAUAUGAAUGAACUGAUCCGGCUAGGAACUUUACCACGGUCGAAGCUGCCAGCCACCCCCUUCGACACAGCGUCCUCUUAUCUUAAAGCGCUCACAGAGCUACAUCUUGAGCAUUUGGUUCACCAACGGAAUGACGCGGCCGAUUCCGUGAAUGAUUGUCGACGGAAGUUUGUCGCCAGACAGCUCUUCUCACCUGCUGAUUUCUCCUAUGCACCACCAUGGUGGCUGCUUCUCGAACAGCCGGAGUACUGGCCAGGCGGGAUUGAGGCUUGGACAAAGGCGUUUGAAACUCGUCUACAGACGUUCUUAAAAGUGCUUAUCGAGCGUGAAGUCGCAGCUAUUAAGCAGGGAAGGUUGAAAGAGGACCAAAGACUUUCUGGUCCAAUGCAGCAAAGCUGGGAAAGUGGAGACUUUUGGGUCACAUACGCGGCGAGGAAAAACUUUGCCUUUGAUGCUGUCUUCUGGCAGAGACUUGACUAUCGGUUCUUUGGGCCCAGUGGGGUACCAGAAGGAGAUCGAUGGAAACAGAGGAUUGACCUCCUUGAUGAGGAAGAGAAAUACUAUAUGGAAGAGUUGGUUAACCGAAAGCUUGAAGAGAUGAAAGAAAAGUUUUAG